AUGUGGGCUUCCGAGGCCGGGCUCCACGACGACGACCCACGCGAGAUCCAGCGCCGACGAGAGGCUUAUGCUCGAGAACUCGACCACCAGAUCGCGUUGCGCCGCGCUCGACAGCACCAGGAGCAGAUGGAGCGCGAGGAGCUGGAGCGCAAGCUGGCGCCGAGAGAGCUCUCGCCGUCCAAGUGGCUGGUCGAAGGCGGCCACCUGGACACACCCGCAACAUCCCAGCCGCCCUGGAAAUUUACACAGAGCGUCGACCUCCAUAACGAACAGCGACAAGACCGCGGUGCCGCCACAGGCGAAGCGAACAGCGUAUCGUCGUCCCAUCCACGCUUCCGAGUGACAGACGAGAGCGAGACCAGCCAGAGACUGCGGGAGCGCGCACAGCAGAUGCAGUGGAAACGGAUUUUGGACGAGCAGGUGCAGGAGAAAGCGCGGCUAAAGGAGCAGGAGGAGGCUGAGCGCCGACAUAGUGAGGAGGAAGCAGCCAAAGAGGAGAUGCGUUAUCUUCGAGAGCAGCAGCUACGGGCGCAGCGACGACUCGGACAUUUUUCGCCGGCACUGAGCACUGAAAACAGAACAGAGACAAGCUCUCCGUAUCACACGUUGCCUUCGCCGCCGGACUUGACGACAAACAGACAGAAGAACGACUAUCACACGACAAGCGACCGAAAUGACUUCCCACUCAACGACGGCGCAAGGGAGGAUGACACGUCCAUGUAUUAUCAGAGAGACCGCCAGUAUGGCAGCCCCGGAGUGGCGGAAGCGUUGCUGCCUCCGCCUGCACCGUCGCGUAUUUCAAUGCCGCAAGAUAAUGGACGGAGUUCGAGGCAUGAUGGUCGGGAUACAUUUGAUAGAAGCACGGUAAGUGGCAUUGCAGCUAGGCAGCAAUACUUCCAGGACAAUGAUACACAGGCCUCACGUCAGCAGCUGGAGCAACAAAGUCGUAUUAUUGAUGAAUACCGCUCGCUUCUGGCGGAGAUCCGCCGUGAACGCGAAGAACUUCGGCGAGAGCGAGACGAGGUUCGACGUGAGAAGGAGGAGCUGCGCGUACAAAGAGCGCUGCUGCAGCUGGAGAACGAAAAGAUGGCUACUCUCGUGGAUGCCCAGCGAGCCCUUAACGAACAGCAUCAGGCCGAUCUACAGGAGCAGCAAGCACAGCAAGCCCAACAACAAGCCCAGCACCAGCAGUACCAGCCUCUAUCCCUUCAACAUCGACUAUCGCCCGUCCAAUCUGUGGGGUUUGAAGUGAAUAACGCACCCAAUGGCUUCGAGCUACCAGAUCACCAGGACGCGCUAGUCCAUUCGCAACUGAACCAGAUUCGCCAGACUUUGGGCGAUUUAAACGUUCACGAUGACCAGUCCCAACCAGCAAUGCCAGGAAGACGAAGGAAGCCGCCGAGUCCUAUGUCUAUGGCGGAUUUCUCGGCGCCUACUCCUCAGAAACGUAUGACCAUCAGCGCUGUGGACUCACCAAGUUUCCAGCGAUUAUCUCGAUAUCGCCCGACCCCAGCCGUUCCGGCUCACGAUGAAAGCACGCUGGAUCAAUCACUGAUUGGCGAAAGCGUCUUUGUGCCAUUGAGCCCCAAGUCGCAACAGCAAAGCAAUAAUGGACCAGUACCACGCAUCACUUCUUCCCCGACUUCAGCAGACAGACAUUUAGACAUUGUGCGUGCGAACUCUCUUCGAAACAGCCGCGUCAUUAAGAGCCGAGGUUUCUAUGACUUUGAGCAGGAGCUCAAGAGCGAGGACAGGCUUGAAUCUUUCGCAAGUGGAUCCGUCAGUGGCAGUGUCCUUGAAUCUGACCUUGGUAGCAGCUUUUACGGCGACGAUGACGGUGAGGACGACGAAGAUGAUCUUGACAAGCACGACAAUCACAGUGCAGACUCUCGCCCCGCAGCGAACAGCGGUUUAUUCCGGGUUCAAGUGCUGGUGUGA